UUGGACGCAAAAGAAACUGCUCUGCAGAAGUUCAAUAGCAGUAGUUCAAAGCUGAAUGACUUCCUUCUAGCACAAACUGAUAGCCUGAAAGCCAAAUUGGCUGAAGCUGAGGACAAAUUAGUCCUUGCUAAUUCAGAAGCCUUCACUUUAAGUGAGAAGGUCUGUUUGCUCGAAAAGCAGCUGAAAGAAUCUGAGUGUCAGGAGGAUCAUAGCAUUUUGAAUUCUGAAAUCACACGACUGGUUAGUGAAAAUGAGGAUUUGAUGGUAAAACUGUCGAAAGCAGAAAGUAAAGCCGAAAGUGAAGAAAGAAAGUGCCAGUUACUGACAGAAACGAGCAUGGAACUCAAUGAAGAAAUUGAGAUUCUUAAACACAAGUCUGAGAAGGUAGGUGGUUUACAAAAGCAGUUGAAAGAUUAUGAUAUCAGAAUCCAACAUGCUGAGGCAUCUACUGAAGCUAGUCAAGAGAAGCAAACCAUGUUGUACUCUACAAUAGGAGACAUGGAGAAUCUCAUUGAGGAUCUCAAGUUGAAAGUUUGCAAAGCUGAAGAACAUGCAGACAGUGCAGAGGAUAAAUGCAUCGUACUGUCAGAAUCUAAUGCAGAGUUAAAUGAGGAACUCGGGUUUUUGAGGGGUAGACUUGAUCGUCUGGAAGCUUACUUGAAUCGUUGUGAGGAGACAAAAUUAGUUGCUGCAAAGGGCAUUAGCUUUCAGAGUAAAGUGAUGACCGAUUUAGUGAUGCAAUUAGCUAUUGAAAGAGAACGUCUAAGGAAGCAGGUUAUUAUUUACAAUUCCUGGAUGCUAAUCUCUUUUGGGUUUUUACUGACUGGUUAA